AUGUUUGCAUUCCCGUCCGGAAUCGGUUCCGACCUCCUGGACUUCGAAGAGGCCAGAGAGCCUCCGUCACCAUCCUCAUACUUGGAGGAUCGCAGUCCCAGGCAAGCUGCGACACGACGUUGGGCUCGACGAGGCGCUGAAGAGCAGCCCUCGACGAACAAGGUGCGAGGCACAUGCGGGUUGGACCCUGCUCUUGCAACAGGGCAUUCAUGGAUGGAGGCAGCCAAAGACAAUGCUGCAAUCGGAUGGCUGAGAGGCUUCAUGAACAAGUACAGGACUCUGGAAAUUCCUGCUCCUCCGCCCCUUGCUGCAGGACACAACUCGAAUGCCCGAGUCAAGGACCUUCUGUUUCCAGAGGAGGAUGUAGGCGGAAGCUUGCAGAAGUUCAUCUCCUGCCUCGAGAAGCGAGCGGAAGGGUCUCACAGGUCCGAAGAGGGGCCUCAAGGCCUUUCCAGGCCAUCCUCGCUGCCUCCCGAGGACUGGUUGCAAGUAUAUAUAUAUAUAAAAAUAAAUAUAUAUAUAUAUAUAUAUAUAUAUACAAUGUAUAUAAGUAAAUAA